AUGAAGUUCCUCUCGCUUCUCGCUGCCGCCAGCUUGGCCGUUGCUCUGCCGGCUCCCAACCCCAUUGAGCUCGAGGUCGCUGCCGAGAUCGAAGCCCGCCAGCUGACCUCGACCCGCAACGACCUGGAACGCGGCAGCUCGUCCAACUGCCCCAGGGCCAUCUUCAUCUUUGCCCGCGGCUCUACCGAGGCCGGCAACAUGGGUCUCUCCGUCGGCCCCAACGUCGCCCGCGUGCUCGAGCGCAACUACCCUAACAACAUUUGGAUCCAGGGCGUGGGCGGGGGUUACACCGCCGGACUAGGCGAGAACGCUUUGCCGGCAGGGACCAGCCGGGCCGCCAUCAACGAGGCCAAGCGGCUUUUCCAGCUCGCACAGACGAAAUGCCCCCAAUCGGCCGUCGUCGCGGGCGGGUACAGCCAGGGCACGGCCGUGGUCGGCAACGCGCUCACCGAGCUGGCCGGAACCGCCACGCAGGAGCAGGUCAAGGGUGUGGUCCUGUUUGGAUACACCAAGAAUGCGCAGAAUAAUGGGCGGAUCCCGAAUUAUCCCACGGAUAGGACCAAGGUGUUCUGCAAUACGGGGGAUUUGGUGUGUACCGGGUCGUUGAUUGUCGCUGCGCCGCAUUUUGGGUACACGGCGGAUUCGCUUGGGCCGGCGCCGGAGUUCCUGAAGAGCAAGAUCGAUGCUGCCGCUGUGGCUGCGUAG